GCUUGUAGCCCAAUAAAAGGACCACCAGGACCUCCAGGACGAAAUGGACAAAGUGGAAGACGGGGGGCGAGAGGACCGCCAGGAGAUGAGGGACCAAAGGGAGAGCAAGGCUUAGAAGGUGAUCCUGGAAUCCAAGGUCCACCAGGUGACCAAGGAGAUAUCGGAAUUCGAGGGCCGAUCGGCAAUCAAGGAAUGCAAGGUAUAAGGGGACUAGAAAAUCCAUGA